UUAUGUUUACAUCGCUAGCUCGCCGAAGAACGUGUCGCAUGUGCGAUUCGCGAAGUUUUUACAGAAAUUUUAUACUAAUUUGUAACAUUUUAAGCAGCACAUAAGCCGAAAAAGUGCGCAAUUAAGAUGAACUUACUACCGAAAACGGCCACCGAGUUCGGCAGUACCGAGUACUGGAAUAGCUUCUUCAAGAAACGGGGAAAGCAAGCCUUCGAGUGGUACGGCGAGUAUCCGGAGCUGUGCGGCCAAUUGCACAAGUGCGUCAAGCCCCGGGACGAAAUCCUGAUGGUGGGCUGCGGCAACUCCAAGCUGAGUCUGGAUCUGUACGACGUGGGUUUCAAGCAAAUUACCAAUAUCGACAUUUCGCAAGUUGUCAUCCGUCAGAUGCAAGAAGCCAACAAGCUGCAACGGCCGGAGAUGCUGUGGUAUCAUAUGGACGCCACGGCAAUGAAUUUCAGCGACGAAAAGUACUCCGUUGUGUUGGACAAAGGUACCCUGGACGCUCUGUUCACGGAUGAGUCGGAGGACACUCUGGCGACGAUUCGGAAGUAUUUCUCAGAAAUUGCUCGGGUGCUUAGGGUGGGAGGAAGGUACGUUUGCAUUUCCCUGUUGCAGGAGCACAUACUGAGGGAAGUUCUGGAAUUCUUCCCGAAAAAUGAAUUCGUCCUGAGGGUGGUACGUUGCGUGGAAGCCGAGCAGAAAACGGCCGAUAGCAGCAGCGACGGAACGUCCAUGCCGGUGUUCAUCGUGGUGGCCACCAAGUUCAAAAAGCUCCCGAUGAAGGUGUACGAGGUGUGUUUGGCCGGCGAACAGGUGCAACGGGUUCAGAAGCCGGAAGAGGUGGUCCUAUCGGUCGCUGCUGCCCAGAAAGCUUCCAUGGUGUGCAACGGAUUGGUUCGGGGGAGCAUCGCGGGGAUGAAAGAGGUCUCGCUGGACUUGCAUCGACCGGGUGAGGAAAUCCCUCGGUACACGAUUCACGUGCUGGACCAGAAGCCGGUGCGAGGGAAUGGGAAAUAUGCGGCGUUUAUUGUUCCGCAAGGACGUGAAACGGAGUGGCUGUUUUCGACGCCUCAGGGGCGUCAAAAGCUUCUGGGUUCGGCCAGCCACGAUCGCCUGGCGAUCGUGUCAAUGCACCGGGGACAGGUGUAUGCAAACUGGGACGCAGUGAAGGACGAAUUGGCAGAGAGCGUGAAGUCGUUGGCCCCACAUGGGUUGCAUAGUCAUAUCCCCUACCUUUCACUUGGGUCCGAGGUGGGCCGACGGGAAACCAUAUUCAAAGGUCACAGUGCCCUAUCCGGGGAUUACAUUGUGGAGGAAAUCCUGGGCAAUGAUAACAAAAUCUUCCGGAGGCUGGUUUUCCUCAGCAAUCAGUUUGUGAUUCAAUCGGAAGCCGCCAUCAAACAGGUCAAGGGCAAAGGCAAGAGCAAGGAAUCGAAGAAGGUGAUAGAUCCGGGUUAUCUCGCGUGCCAGCAUCAUCUUUACAUGACCAUCGGAGUGCAUUUGGCGUUGGGAUUGGAAAGCGGAGCAGCCGAAAAUAACGUGAUGGUUGUUGGAUUGGGUGGAGGCGGUUUAUGCACGUUCAUCCAUGAGUGUUUGAGGAACACCAAUAUGGUAGCGGUGGAGAUCGAUCCGGAAAUGCUAACCGUAGCCACCAGCUACUUUGGUUUGACGCUGGACGACCGAUUAAAGGUAGAAAUCGCAGACGGAAUCGAUUAUGUGGCGGACUGCGUUCAACAGAACCGACACUUCAGGGCCAUCCUCUUCGACGUCGAUAGUAAAGAUCCAACGCUGGGCAUGAGCUGUCCACCGCAAGCUUUCCUGGACCGGAAAGUGUUGGAUAACACGAAGGCGCUGGUGGGCUCCGGUGGAAUUUUCGUGCUGAAUCUGGUCUGCCGGGAUGAUUCGCUGCGUGGGAAGGUCGUCGACGAGCUGAAGCAGGUGUUCAAGUACGUGCUUUCCUACAAGCUGGAGGAGGACGUGAAUGAAAUCUUCUACUGUGCGGAUAACGCAGCUUUGGAUAGUGGAGACAAGUGGCAGGUUGGUAUGAAACAAUCCGCGAAGGAGAUCAACUCGUUGGCCAAAAAGUUCAAGCUAAGUCGGGACGACCUCGUUGAUUUGGAGGAGUUUGUUGAGGGGUUGAAAAUAUAGUUUUCGUUUGGUUGACUUCUGAGAAA